AUGAUAUACGAUUUUACAGUUCAAAAUGGAUGCUUAAACGGAACGUUAUUUUCUUCUCGUAUUAAUUUUUUUAAUAAUUUAAAUUUUUUUUUCACUUCUAUCUUUAUACAACUUCUCUUUCUACAUCUCUUGAUCUCUCCCAAUCUCUCUCUCUCUCUCUCUCUCUCUCCAACUUUCGUUAUCUCUCAAUAUCUUUUCCUUUCUUUCUCUCGUUCUCCACACCUCUCCCCAAUUUCUCGUUCUUCAAUCGUUCGUUGUCUGUCUAUCUCUCUUUAUAGCGAUCUGUCGCUCUAUCUCUUUCUACGUCUCUUGUUCUAUUUCCAUCUCUCUUUAUCUCCGUCGCUCUCUUUCCAACUUUCUCUCUUUACGCCUCUAUCUCUUUCCAACUUUCUCUCUUUACGCCUCUAUCGCUUUCCAACUCUUUCUUCCCUUUUUAUUUUUUUAUUUUUUUAA